CGAAGAACAACAAUGUUCAAGACAGUGUUCGGCCAUAGUCAUCCUGGUGCAUCUCUAUUCUGAGGUGCUACAGAUGAAAAAGCACAGAAAUGGAUCUGAUCGUUUUUAACGUGAUCUUGUUCACGACUCUGCGUCUCUCUGCUCCCUGGGCCUGCACUCGCCUCUGUCCCCCGGUGUGUACUUGUUCUACGGAGCGGACCUGUGCUGUUCUCUGUGACCGUGCCGGAUUGCACCAGGUCCUCAGCGAAUUCCCAUGUGAGGCCUCCGUUAUCAGCUUGGAGAAAAAUAAUAUCAAAUUUUUGUCAGAGAAAGCCUUCGGUACUCUGCCAGCCCUCCACUCUUUAUCCUUAAACCAUAAUAAUAUCUCUUUCAUCACCCCCGGCGCAUUUAAAGGGCUGCCCCAUCUCAGCGAACUGAAACUGGCCCAUAACGAGUUUAUCAAGUAUCUGCACACCAGAACGUUCAUUGGUCUCAAACGACUUCAGAAGCUCGAUUUGUCUAAUUGCAAUCUAUUUAAUAUCCCAGAUCGGAUCUUUAUAGCUGUUCCUGCUCUGCAAGAGCUAGCUAUGUGGCAGAAUAACUUUCGGAGAAUUCCUGCAGCAGUGAGGGGCACAGAGACUCUGAGGCUUUUGUAUUUGGAGAGGAACAGAAUUGAAGCAGUGGCUUAUAACUCUCUGCAAGGAUUAAGCCAUUUGAAAUAUUUAAAUCUACAAGACAACCAAAUUGCGGUAAUCCACCACAAAGGUUUUAAACACUGCGUGGAAUUGGAAUAUCUCUAUCUUAAUGAUAACCUCCUGCGUAACCUUCCUGAGUUCGCUUUCCAAGAACUGACACUCCUGAAGAUGUUAAACCUUGGAGGUAAUGUUUUGGUGAAUGUGUCCAGGACUUGGUUUAGUCAGCUUGUUGAACUGGAGGUUCUCUAUCUCGACAGAAAUGCCAUCAGUUACAUCGAGGAAGGGGCUUUUGAAAACCUGACCAGUUUAAUCUCCUUGCAUUUGAAUAGCAAUAAACUGACUUCGCUGCCGCUUUCUGUUUUUCAACCAGUGUAUUUCCUUGGCAGGCUGUAUGUCUUCAGGAACCCCUGGGACUGUGACUGUAGGGUCGAAUGGUUGAAAGACUGGAUGGAAAGCUACGGGCUAGUCCGGGACAUCCCCUGUGCCUCUCCACCGUCAGUCGCGGGUAUGGAUCUGAGCCAAGUGCUCUUCCACAGAUCCACAGAAGGAAGUUGCCUCGAUCCAGUGGAACACAAUGAGACGGUUUACACUCCAACUCCGACAGAGCGGCCCCGAUCCACCACCGGCAAUAGAUUCAGUAAUCUUAUCUCGAAAUUACUUUUCGCAGGAAUGCACGAGGAUUCGGAGAACAGCACCGAAACCUUUAGGAAUGUGUCAGCCCCGGACGGAGUCAACCAGGAGGUGUCCACUGCGGUUCCUGUCAAUAGUAAUCCGGAUCCACACGUUCAGUUUGUGUUUACGCUCAUUAUUGCAGUUUCAUGUUACAAGGCAUGAGGAUGGCUUCCCCUGCCGUCGGACUCCCUGUGCAAUAACGACGAGGGGCCUCUCUUCGAAUACAGUCUUCAUCCUUUCAACAACAAAAAAGAUACGAAUUGUGAAACUGGAACUUGAGUUUCGCUCCCCGCAGGCUGUAGCUAUAACAGGGAGAUCUGAUCUUGUGCUUGUUUGAACCACUGGAUGCGUUCUCUGUUGGCUGUGGUUUUAAAUCAUCUCGAGCCAUCUGUCACCUUCUGGGAUUCAGCCCAACAAUAAAUUCCCUUGAUCACUCUGAACCCCUGCUGUAGGUUGGGAGCUCGACUUGAGUCUUCAUCUUGCGCAAAACUUGUUUGUUCACAGGCCGAAUUUGGUAAUUUCACAGCACCAACAUUUUCUUAACAAGAUCAAUAUUUUGUAAAAUGAAGACGAAGUCACCCAUUUUGCUGACAGCGAUUCCCGCGUUAGUCGAGUUUGAUUAGACAAAUAUUGGCGACGUUUACCGUUAUCCUCAAUUAAUGAAUAACACGUUGUAUCUGACCAUCGUGUUUUUGUAAUAUGUACACUACAAAUAUAUCUUGUAAGAAUUCAUUUGAAUGCACAUUCCACUAUACAGUAGAAAAAGCUGAUCUAGACAUUAUGUUGGCUACAAUAACCCUUUUAUCUUUGACGCCGGGGUUUAUGUUUUGAUGUGUUAUCGGUGGUAAUCUGAGCGGAUUGUGGUAACACUACGUCGUUAGAGGACUGUUUGAGUGUCCAGAAGUAACAAAUGAAAGGUAGUACCAGAAAUGUUUAGACUGAAGUAAUGAGAAGCGUUGGCUUCAUUUCACUAAUGAAAAAUGACAGUAUUCACAAUGAAAGUGUUGAGAUUAAAUUUAUCUAGAGAAUUUUUUUAACAAAAGUGCUAUCACACCUUGGUACGAUUUCCUUAAAGGCUGGUGUGUGAAACAGAAAAUUUAUGGUCCCAUUGAUUUGGCUUUUCAUAGUGAGACCUAUUUUGUGUUACAGAUGUACUUUAUCAACCUGUUCAGGUAGGUUGUGCACAUCUUAUUGGCUCAGAGUUAGUGGUACUACCACUGCCACGAAUCCUCAAAUUAGCAUGGCUGGAUCCAGUGACAAUACCAAUACUCAUCUCCUUUUCCCUUGUGUUAGGUGCUGAGUAUAUAUCAUCUGGAUAACUAGAAUAUUAAGGUAGCUAGCACAGCACAAAUUGCAUCUAAUGGAUUGUUCCUUCUACAGCUGUAGGAAAUGUGGAUAUCUGAACUGACAGAAACUGAUAUUUUGAGGCAAAGUUUGAGUGCGAUUGUUCAUGUAGCUGGAAGUUUAGUGCUUAUCAAAACAACGUUUUAGAGACAAGCUGCUAGAUGGUUAAGGAAUAGCACUUUAUGACACAUUAUUAGUACAUUGCUUGGUUUUAGCUAGUACGUGUCCACUUGGAUCCCUAAUCCUUUACUCUACCAAUUUGUCUCAUAUGAACUUUCUGAAGAUAGAAAACAUUUCACUGGAGGUCAAAGUCAAUGACAAGCACUUGUCACUGGUUCCAAUCCAUGCCUGACUGCAUAUUGAGGCGUUAUUAUGCAAUGCCAGACUUCAAUCUCCUAUUUCAUAAAAACAUAGUUUGAAUUUUCCUCCCACAGAACUUAUUUCCACCAUCACAUGGUUGUUUACUCAUAUCCCAAUUGCUCACAUUCCGCUGUUGUAAUCCAUAUACAAGCUUCCAUCAUCCCUGCUCUCAAUUUCUCCAAUAUCCUUCUUGCCAGCCUUUUAACCUGCACUCAAUGUGAAAUUCUGCUGCUUGCAUCCUAUCCCAUAUUAAGUCCUAUGCAUUCAUCAGCACCCAAAAUUACCAACAUUUUGUCCCCUAAAUAUAUGAUUGGAGCUGGAAUUAUUGAAGAUGCUGGCACCAGACUGACCUACUAACAGAUCCAGGAUGCUGCUUGGCCUGCUGUGUUUAUCCAGCUCCACGCCUUGUUAUCUUGGGUUCUCCAGCAUUUGCAGUUCCCAUUAAAUACUUUAAUAGUGUAUCAGAGAUAAAGUUUACUUUUAACAUGUAAUUGUCCAACUCUGGCCUUUUAUGUAUUUUCCCCUUCAUCAGCUAACCUCCCUCAUUGCCUGAGACAAAAGGUAGAGUGGUAAUCAAUCAUCUCCCUAAACCAGCUAACUCCCCUUAAAGUUAAAAAAGUGGUAAUUAAUAGACAGGCAUAUGCAUCUAUUACCAUUCACAAAUGUAGUCCAAUUAUACUAGGGUUUCUUCAUGACAUCAUGCAUAUCACACAAUCGUAAUCCCUUCAGACCCACAAUGUACACUGACAAACAUAUUGCUCCAUUCAGUAGGCACUAGGACAACUGAAGGGAAAUGCAGUGGUUGCAAAUUAGAUACACUUUAUUGUAUACUGAAUAAAUUUGAAUAACUUGUGCUUUUUGUUAUUGGAAUGGACUAUAUUAAAAUGUCUAAGAUGGUAUUUUGGUUUAGUGACAGUAA